AUGUGUAAAAAGCAUAAUCAUAUAAAGUAUAAUAAAUAAUAAUAAAAAAAAAUUAAUAAACUAAAUAAAAUGAUGACAAAAUUAUAAUUUUACAGUAUUUAUUUGUUGAUAGUCUAUUUUUUUAAAGUCAUUCUUUCAAAGGAAUUGCUCAUUUCAGAAGAAUUUUAAAAACCUUAAAUUACUUCAAAAGAAGUGAUUGGAUGGUCUAAAAAUAUUAUUAGAACUUGUGAGCAAAAAAAUAUAGUAGAAUAUACUGGCUAGAUCUUUGGAGUUUUUUCUUAAGAUGUCACCCUAAACAAAAAGACUUACAAAGAUUUACCUCCUCAUUGGAGCGCUUUAGUAAGAUUAGAUUUGAUGCUGUAUGGAAGUGUAGAUGCUGAUGAAGGAGAUUAUGCUGGAAUUAGUAUAGACGAUAAUACUAUGGAUAGAUAUACAAAAAAUGAUUAAGAUGGCUAUUUAAUUUGUUCUAAUUCUAAAGCUUUUGGUUUUUGGGGUAGACCUUUUUAUGAUGCUAUUUAUCCAUAUCAAAGGAAUUAUACUCACAAUAAUAAAGAGCUAACAAUAAAAAUUGAUUCUAAAUUUACUGGAACGAAUACAGAUACGGAUUACGAAGGUUAUGCUUUUAAACAUGUUUCUGUUUACGUUGACACAUGUUAUAGUAGUUGUUAAAGUUGUUUUGGUCCUUCUUCAAAUUAAUGCACAGCUUGUAUACCUAAAGCAGUUGAAGUUGAUGGAGUAUGUACUUGCCCUGAUUAGCUAUUUGCAUAUAAUUUUUAGUGUAUUUAGAAUUGCCCCUAUGGAUUUGUAGGAAAUCCUAUCACUAGAAUAUGCGAAGAGUCUAAAUGUUUAAAUAAUUGCGGAAAUUGUGAAAAUUUUUCUUGUACUAAAUGCAACUACCCAAAUAAAUUAAUUAGCGGUGAGUGUCUUUCAUAAUGUCCUUCUUUCUCAAUAGAUAAAGGAACAUAUUGUGAAGAUAAAAUUAUAGGAUUAACUUAUGGAGGAUAUGUUUUUAAAGGACUUUAUUCUUCUAAUUUUGGAGAUAGUGAAAUCUAAGGUUAGGGCUUAAGACUUUUAAAUUUUAAAAAUGGUGGCGCAACUUUUAGCAGUUGUUCUGGAGAAAGGUUUAUUGGGGGAUGGAAUGUUGCAGGCUCAGGUUCUGAAAUUAGAAGAGAAUUACCCAAAUUCAAACCUCAUUGGUCGAUUAGAAUAGGUUUUAAAUACAUAAUGAUAGAUAAUUGGGAUAAAAAUGAAUUCCUUUAGGUUGCUUUAGACAAUAAUAAAAUUAUUUCUAAUAUUACAAAAGACUCAGCCACAAAAGUAGGUAAUAUUUGUGGUAAUACUAAUCCUGAAGCAAAAGGAGUCUAUGAUUAUAAUACUACACAUAUUAGUUCUUCUCUUACUAUUACUAUAAAAAGCAAUUUAGCUUCUUCCAAAUCUCCAUUUGAAGCUUCUUUUGGAAUUAGAGAGCUAUUUAUUUUAGUUAAUUACUGUUAAGAUAAUUGUUUGGAAUGUAAUGAAAAAGGAUGUACCAAAUGUCCUCAAGGGACUUACCUCUACGAAUAUAAUUGUGAAAUUUCUUGUCCUACUGAUCUAGGAUUUUGGGCUAAUGGUAAAACGAAUACUUGUGACAAAUGUGAAGGAAAAUGUUUAACAUGCGAUAGCUCAGCAACUUCAUGUUUAAAAUGCAAACCAAAUUCUUACUUGUAUCAAAAAUCUUGCUCAGAAAAAUGUCCUGAUGGAUAUGCUCCCAAUGAAACAACUCUUACAUGCGAUAAGUGUCAUUAAAACUGUAAAACAUGUACAAAUCCAAAUGAUGAUAAAAAAUGUACUUCUUGUGAAGGUUCAAGAUUUUUAAGUGGUAAUGAAUGCUUAGAAUAGUGUCCAGAUGGAACAUAUGGAGAAUAUAAUGGAAAUAAGUGUUAGCCUUGCAAUAUUAACUGUUUGACUUGCAAAGGCAAAACUAAUUCAGAUUGUUUGUCUUGUAAUACAAAUAAGUACUACUAGCCUGAUGAUAAUACUUGUGGAGAUAAAUGCAAGAUAACUUAGUAUAAAAAUGGAAACAAUUGUACUCCAUGUCACGAAACUUGCUACGAUUGUAGUGCAGGAACUGAAAAAGAUUGCAAUUCUUGCAGCAAAGCCAGUAAUAGAUUUUUAUAUGAAAAACAAUGUCUUUCUUAGUGCCCAGAUUAAUAUUAUCCUGAUAAAACUUCAUAAACUUGUAAAUAAUGCCAUUCUACUUGUUUCAACUGCAGCGGACCAAACUCAGAUCAGUGUACAAAAUGCAGCGGAGAUUUAUAUUUAAAUCCUGGAAAUAAAUGUCUUGAUUCCUGUCCAGAUGGCUAGUUCAAAAAUUAAGCAAAUAAUACAUGUGAAAGUUGUGAUUCUAAUUGUGUUGCUUGCAUUAAAGCGAAAAACAAUUGCACAAAAUGUAAUCCUAAGAUGUUUUUAGAUUCUGACGGAGUUUGUAAAAAUAGCUGCCCUGAUGGAAAAUGGACUAAUAAUUCGACUAGAUAAUGUGAAUUGUGUGACCCUAAUUGCAAAACAUGUGACAAUGUAAGCAAGAGUAAUUGUAAGUCUUGUAAUUCUCCUUUAUUUCUUGAUUUAAAUAGCAAAAAAUGUGUUAGCCCUUGUCCUUCAAAAUUCUAUGGAAAUUAGUCAACUUAAACCUGUGACAAAUGUGAAAUUACAUGUUAAGAAUGCUCUGGCCCAAACAGUAACCAGUGCACUAAAUGCAGCAAUGAUCUUUACUUAGAUGACAAUAAAUGUGUAAAAAUUUGUUCACCAGGAAAAUUUUCUAAUUUGAGUACUAAUAAUUGUGAUCCAUGCGACAAAAUGAAAUGCAAAGAAUGUGAUGGUUCUAGUACUAAUUGCACUAAGUGUAAUUCAAAUUUAUAUCUUCAUCAUAAUACUUGCUUAGCAAUAUGCCCAAAAGGAUAUUAUGCCAAUUUAUCAAAUGGAAAAUGUGAUCCUUGCAAUACUAGUUGCGAAACAUGUUUUGGUCCAAACCCAGAUUAAUGUACUAAUUGUAAGGGAGAAUUGCUCUUUGACCCAGUUUCAAAAAAAUGUGUGGAAAAGUGUUAGCAAAAAUACUACGAAGACAAGGAUAAUAAUUAAUGUGUUGAAUGUGAUUCAUCUUGCUUAGAAUGUUCUGGUUCUUUAAGCAAUUAAUGUACAAAAUGUCCAGAUAAAUUGAUUUUAUUUAAAAACGAAUGUAUUUCUAGUUGUCCUGACUAAUAUUUCUAAGAUCCAAAUGCUUACAAUUGCAUUUAAUGCGAUUCAAGCUGCUUUAAUUGUAAAGAUAAUAGUCCUAAUUCAUGUACUGCAUGCAAGGGAAAUCUCUAUUUGACACCAAAAAAUUAAUGCUUAGAGGAUUGUCCAGAUGGGACUUAUUAGGAUACUUUAAAUAAUAUUUGUAAAAAGUGUGAUAUAAGUUGUUUAACUUGUUCAGGACCAGAUAGAACUAAUUGCUUAAAGUGUCCUGAUAGUACAUACUUUGAAGAAAAUUAAUGUAAAAGUGAAUGUAACCAAGGAUGGAAAAAUUCUACAAAUAAUACAUGCGACGAGUGUAAUAUUUAAUGUUCAAAAUGCAAUGGCCCUAAUGAAAACAAUUGCUUAGAAUGUCCAAAUGGCACAUUUUUAAAUCCACUUGAAAAUACUUGUGUCACAAAAUGCCCAACAAAUUAUUAUCCAAGCAAUUUAAACAACAAAUGCCUUAAAUGCGAUACCACUUGUAAAGAAUGUACAGAUAGUGGAUCGGAUAAAUGCACAGAAUGUGAAGGAUCUUUAUUUUUAAAAGAUGGUAAAACCUGCUCUUCAAAAUGUAACGAUAAUGAGUAUGGAAAUGAAUUAAACAAUAAAUGCGAACUUUGUGAUAAAAAUUGUAAAACAUGCACAGAAAAAGCUGAUCAAUGCACUAGUUGCAACUCAGGAACUUUCUUGACAGAGGGCAAAUGCGAAAAAAACUGCCCAGAUUCAACAUUCAAAAAUGAAAAAUUAAAUAUUUGUGAUGAUUGCAAUAUUUAAUGCCAAACUUGUUUUGGUCCAUCUAAUUUUGAGUGUAAUUCUUGUAAAGAAGGUACAUAUUUGGAUAAGAGUAAAAAUAACUGUGUUUCAAAAUGUCCAAUUAAAUAAUUCGGAGAUUCCACUUCAAACACUUGUAAAGAUUGUAUUGAAAAUUGUGAUGUAUGCUCUGAUGAUAAAACAUGCAAUUAAUGUUCAGGCGGAUAUUUCCUUCAUAAAGGCUUAUGUGUAAGCUAGUGCCCAACUAAGUUUUUUAACGAUAUCAGUUCUUAAUAAUGCACUAAAUGUGCUUAUACAUGUUUAACUUGCUUUGAUGCCACAGAAUAGGGUUGCUAUACUUGCAUACCUGAAACAUUUAAAAAUACAGAUAAUAAUAGCUGUUUAUAUGAAAAUGAAUGUCCAUCAGGUAGAUAUCCUGAUACAAAUACAAAAAAAUGCGAGCCUUGUUUUUCAACAUGUGCAGAAUGUGUUGGUAAAUCAGAAAAUUAAUGUGUAUAAUGUAUUUAGGAUAGACUACUUUAUAAAGGAGAAUGCUUAAAAGAAUGUCCAAGCAAUACUUUUAAAUUUGAAAAUAAAUGCAUAGAUUGUGAUCCAUCAUGUUCUACCUGCUUUGGUAGUGCAUCUUUCAAAUGUUUAACAUGUUCAUCAGGAUAUCUUUAAGAAGGGAGCUGUGUUGAAUAAUGUGAAACAAAUUAUUACCCAGCUAUUAAAAAUGGUUAACAAGUAUGCUUAAAGUGUCACGAUUAAUGUUCUAAAUGCAAUGGCCCAGAUUCAAACAACUGCACAGAAUGUGAUUCAUAAUACUUUAUGUAUCAGAAUUAAUGUGUUGAAAAUUGUCCUGUUUUUCACACUUAUGAUGAAAAAAGAGUGUGCUAACUAUGUACGAAGUCAAUUAAGAAUAAUAAGUGUGUAGAUCAAUGUGAUUAAAAUGAAUAUUUAGAAAAAAAGAAUUUAUUGUGCUAACCAUGUGCUGUUGAGUGCUAAACUUGCAAUGGACCUACAAAAAACGAUUGUAAAUAAUGUGCAGAUGGUUAUUUUUUAGAUGCUUAAAAAAGCGAAUGUACGUAGAACUGCCCUGAAUCAUUUUUCUCUAAUAAGGAGAAGAAGAUAUGUGAGGCUUGUCAUCCUUUAUGCUAGACAUGUAGCAGCUCAGGAAACACGAACUGCUUAAGUUGUAAUAGUCCAUUGAUAUUAUUCGAAGGUAAAUGCUUAAAAGAUGCCCCUGAUGGGUAUUAUACAGAUAAAGAUAAAUUCAAAAAAUGUAAUGAAGAUUGCAAGACUUGUGAUGGGCCUAGCUCUAAUGAUUGCUUGUCUUGCCUAGAGCACCACUUCAUUUUAGAUAAGAAAUGCUACAAAUAAUGUCCUUCAACAUAUUUCAAUGAUGAAAGCUCUAUGAAAUGCACUAAAUGUUCUGGUUUAUGCAAAGAAUGCUAGUCUACAGAUUAUUGUUUAAGCUGCAUAGAUAAUCAGUAUACUUAUUAAGGUACUUGCUAAGUUAGUUGUGAUCCUAUUCUUACAUUUUAAGAUGAAAACUUAAAGUAAUGUAUUUAAUGCCACUUUAGCUGCAAUAAAAAUGGCUGCUUAGGACCUGAAUAAGGUGAUUGUAUAAAUGUUGGUUCAAGUGGAUUUGAUUCACUUAUUGCCAAAAUACUGAUUUUUAAAGCUGGACUUUGGAUAUUUUCUUCUAUAACAGGAGCAUAUUUAGACUAUAAAAAUGGAAAAUCUUUUGGAAAAUUUGGAUAAGUCAGAUCAAGUUAAAAGUAACUAAGCAUUCAUGUUAGUGAUAAGCAAGUACGAGAUAUAAUCAGAAGAGAAAGAAAAGAUUUAGAUUUCUAAGGUACUUAAUUAAAUCUAAAUCAAUCUCCAAAUAGAAGAAAAAGAACUGCUAUUACUCGUGCUUCUAUGAUUUCAAUGCUUCCUACUGCUUUUGAUUAAACGAGUUUAAAGUAAAGUGGAUACAAAGACAUAUUAGAUGCUGAAUCUCCUACGAAAAAGAGUACAACAAACUUGUCAUAUGUAAAUAUACAGAGUUAACUUUAAAUUCUUCCUUUCUAAAAUUCACAAAACGAUGUCAACAUUUCCCCAACAUCUAGAAGCCCUUAUAAAAUAAGUGGGAACAAAAUAAACUUUGCUGAUUUCAAAAUUAGAGCAAGACCUCUUAGGUAGUCUACUUUAGCAAAAAUAAAUGAAGAUAUCCCUACUUUCCAGAAUGUAGACGAAUAAUUGAGCUCAGAUAAAAGUUAGUAACAGUCAAUAAAAGAUAAUGAUUCUGACUCUUAAACAUAUGAAAAAGACACAAAUAAAAUUAACUAUCCAAAAAAGCUUUAUUACACUCUAAUUGGCAAUGAAAUAAUUUCUAUAAUUACUUUAUAUGACCCUAAAAAGAGUAGAAUAUUCAGAUCUGCAAUGCUUUUUACAAAAUAUUUGAUUCUUUUCUUUAUGACAUACAUUUCAUAAAGCACAAACUACGGAGUAGCAGCUCUUGGUUUAUUAGCUGCAAUAGCUGGUAAAGGCAUAUUACAAAUAGUAUUAUCUUAAUUUGGGUUAUGCCUUAGAAAAGCAGGGCUUCUUUCUUUAGUUUUUGUAUCAACACUUUCAGGAUCAGAUAUUUAUUUCUGGUUCAUACCAAAAAUAUAGGCACUUAGUCAUAAUUUAGAUAUGAAGUGGUCUUUUACUUACAUUCUUUUAUUUACCUCAGACUUUUUAAUAAUAUAAUCACUGAUAUCUUUGACUAGCUAUAUCGUUACAAUUAGAUCUAAAUUUGUAGAUAAUUCAAAACUGUCAAAUAAAUUACUUAAUAUAUUCUUUAAGUAGCCUGCUUUAUUGUAAAAAGCAAGUUGA